AUGUCUGGCCCUCCUAGAUACCCACUCUUGGGGUGCAAGACAACCUACGACACGAAACUCCAAGACCCUUCGGCCAAGCUCUAUGACGGGUUGGCGGAGCCUUGUCCGUUUUCCUUGACUCUGGCGCCCCUAGAAACUCAGCUGCGGAAACGUUUUCGUGCCCACCAGAACCAGGACACGAAGGAGGACGCUUACCCUGCUUACGCUGCCCCGUGCUCUGCUGAAAGCGGCGACGAUAUGAUCAUUUCCGAUACCGACACCGUGCCUGACGUGACCCAUCCGCCCAAGAGACGCCUCACGCUGGCCAACCAGCCCGAUACAAGACAGGUGCCCGUUUCGGCAGACUCGGUGAUGUCCAUCUCCAGCACCCAUAGCGUGGCCGCCCCUGCUAUCCGAAGCGCCUCCAAUACGUUCAUCAAGCCCGAAAGCCAGAUACACCCAUGCACGCCCAACGGGAUAGAGUCUAUGACAAACUCGCCCAUCCUGGAUAUGGAAGACCAGAACCCCAGCAGCUACGCUACCGACAAGCGGUCCGUGCAUGAGUUCUGGGAACGCUGUUUGCUGAAACCUCCAGGCACUCAGGGCGACUUGGCGGAGCUCAUGGUGAAUCUUUCAAACUUCUCGCUGGCCCCGUGCCGAAACCACAUCAUCUUCCAGCUCUUACAACAAGUUGACCGUUCGCUGCUUUCAACGUUCUGUGGCAUAAUUCAGGACUCGUUGAGACGCGACUUGUUGUCAAGCUUACCGUUGGAGGUUGCAUUAUCGAUCUUGUCCCACUUGGACUACAAGUCUGUUUUGGCCGUCUCCAGAGUCUGCCGGUCUUGGAAUCGCUUGGUUAACAACAACACAUUGUGGACCGCUAUGCUUCAUAGAGACAAGCUCUUGAGAGACCCAGCUCUACUAGAUAAAGAGCUCUCCAACCCCGACGCGCUCAUAGCAGGCUGGGCCACUCCUAGUCCAUACCUUAGCGAUAUUAACUUGGCCCAAACACUUUACAAGAAACGCUUCAUCAUUUUGCAGCGCUGGAUGAACCCCUCGUAUGAACCAAAACGCAUAAGCGUGGCAGGCCACGGCUCGAGUAUAGUCACAUGUCUACAACACGAUGAAGAAAAAAUCAUCACCGGUUUUGAAGGGAAGCUGAUGAACGUUUAUGAUACUCAAACUGGUGAGCUCCUUCGUGUUCUAAAAGGUCACGAUGGCGGAGUUUGGGCCCUCAAAUAUUUCUCCAAUACCUUGGUGAGUGGCUCUACUGAUCGUGACGUGCGUGUUUGGAACAUCCGUACUGGCAAGUGUACCCAUAUGUUCAGAGGUCAUACUUCGACUGUAAGAUGUCUAGAUAUCUUGCACCCCGUACAGAUCGGUGUCGAUGAUAACGGUGAGCCUAUCAUGUUUCCCAAGGAACCGCUCUUAGUCACUGGCUCAAGAGACCACAACUUGCAUGUCUGGAAGCUUCCCUUGGAUAAUGAGGGCGAGCAUGCAGAUGAAAUCACCGAGACAAAGACCUUCGAUAGUAAAGAUCCCGACAACCCUUAUCUUGUUGCCGUUUUGGUCGGUCACACCCAGUCCGUUCGUUCCGUAUCCGGCUACGGCAAUAUCAUUAUCUCUGGCUCAUAUGAUACAACCGUCAGAGUUUGGGACUUGAAAGAAGGUGGCAGGUGCAAGCAUGUAUUGGAAGGCCAUAAUGAUAGAAUCUACUCGACCUCCUUGAACUACAAGACACGUCGUUGCUACUCGGGAUCUAUGGACCUGUCCAUCAAUGUCUGGGACUUCGAGAAAGGGAAGCUUCUUUUCUCUUUGGAAGGGCACAAUUCUCUCGUUGGAUUAUUAGAACUUUCUGAGGAUUACUUGGUUUCUGCCGCAGCUGAUUCUACUUUGCGUGUUUGGAAUCCAAACACUGGAGAGAACUACAGCAAGUUGAAGGGACAUAAUAGCGCCAUCACCUGCUUUCAGCAUGACAGUCUACGGAUUGUGAGUGGCAGUGAACGCAUGCUCAAGCUUUGGGAUGUCAAGACCGGUAAGUUCGUUCGUGAUCUACUUUCCGACAUCACCAAGGGUAUCUGGCAAGUGCGCUUUGAUCCUGAUAGAUGUGUUGCUGCUGUGCAAAAGCAAGGAUCUGAUAACGAGGAAACGUACAUCGAAGUUCUCGACUUCAGUGCUCCACUCAACAAGAUAACCUCGUGA